UGAACUGAAUGGUGUGAGAGUUGAGGAGUAUGGUGGAACCUUCCUCCAGCCAUGCUUUCACUAAUCCAAUGUUUCUAAAUGCAUAACGGGGCGUGAACAAGUGCACACUCCUGGAGACCGUGGGCGCUCAAUGGAAAUAUAGAGUUUGUGUAAAGUGAGGUAUAGAUAGCUAUAUGCACCUUAAACUAUACAGACAACUGGGACCAGGUGAUUCUCAGGAGCAUCAGUAAAAAUGAUACGAAAGCGUGAACACUGGUUACUUGCUUUAGUAAUCGCUGGGGGAAUGGUUCUCUGCUGGCUUGUCUUCUCACACUGCACAUCUGUCUCUCUCAAUGAGGGUCUCAGUGAGUAUGUGGAGGGGUUAACAUGGCGCCAGGUGAAUCACCAGGUUGUGCUGAAUCACAGAUUACAGAGCAAUCAAGCCAAGCUUAUGGAACCAGUGAGGACUGACGUGCUGACUGUAACCCCAUGGCUGGCUCCUAUAGUCUGGGAGGGGACCUUCGACCCCCUGGUCAUAGACGAGGCCUUCAGGUCCCACAACCUCACCAUUGCUACCACUGUGUUUGCUGUAGGGAAAUACACUCGUUUUCUCCGUGACUUCUUAGAGUCAUCUGAGAAGCACUUCAUGGUGGGGCUGGAUGUGCACUACUACGUGUUCACCGACCUGCCCGGCGAUGUGCCUAGCAACAUGACUCUUGGUGUCGGCAGGCUGCUCAGCAUCGUGAGCGUGCCGAAGUUCGACCGCUGGCAGGAGAUAUCCCUCCGCCGCAUGGAGCUCAUCCAGACUGCCAUUGAGGAUCACAUCCACCGGGAGGCGCACUACAUCUUCUGCCUGGAUGUAGACAUGAGGUUCCAUGGCCGUGUGGGGUCUGAGGCGCUGGGGAGACUGGUGGCCGCCAUCCACCCCUGGUUCUACAUGUACCCCCGGAGCCAGUACCCCUACGAGCGGAGGGCCGUGUCCACAGCCUCUGUACCUCAGGACCAGGGAGACUUCUACUACCAGGCCAACAUAUUCGGAGGAGUGCUGGAGGAUGUUCAUAGGCUGACCAAGACGUGCAGGGAGAACCUGGAGGUGGAUAAGUCUGUGGGUGUUGAGGCUGUGUGGCAGGAGGAGAGUCACCUGAACUGGUACCUGGUGAAGAAUAAGCCCACCAAGCUGCUGUCACCUGAAUAUGUGUGGGACGACGCUAGAGGACGGGACACCAAGGAGAUAAAACUCGUCCGCUUCUCCUCUGUCAUCAAGAACAAGGCAGAGGUCAGGGAGAACCCAUGAGAUGCAGCCCAUGCAAAACCCAGAUAGAUAUCUAUAGCUUAAACAACAGAUUUCUAUAGCAUAAACAACAGAUUUCUAUAGCUUAAACAACAGAUUUCUAUAGCAUAAACAGAUUUCUAUAGCAUAAACAGACAGAUUUCUAUAGAUUAAACAGACAAAUUUCUAUAGAUUAAACAGACAGAUUUCUAUAGCAUAAACAACAGAUUUCUAGAGCAUAAACAACAGAUUUCUAGAGCAUAAACAACAGAUUUCUAGAGCAUAAACAACAGAUUUCUAGGGCAUAAACAACAGAUUUCUAGGGCAUAAACAACAGAUUUCUAGGGCAUAAACAACAGAUUUCUAGGGCAUAAACAACAGAUUUCUAGAGCAUAAACAACAGAUUUCUAGGGCAUAAACAACAGAUUUCUAGGGCAUAAACAACAGAUUUCUAGGGCAUAAACAACAGAUUUCUAGAGCAUAAACAACAGAUUUCUAGGGCAUAAACAACAGAUUUCGAUAGAUUAAACAGACAGAUUUCUAUAGCAUAAACAACAGAUUUCUAUAGAUUAAACGGACAGACUUUGAUCAGAAAUGUUUUAAUAUGCUAUUUAGACUUCCGCCCGAGGUGAUGACAUUGACGCUAGAGUUUUAAAGACUCAAGAGCGAACUAUAUUUCAUCUCUUGAGUCUUCCUCGUCUCUGAGAACUGCCACAACAAAAGAAUGAUGUUCAAGACAACUGAGCGUGUUGUUGGUGCCCACCCUAACAGCGACAUGUUAGCCUCCCCUGAUCUGUGAACAGUUUUUAACAUUAUUAUGAUGUGAAGCCCUUUAAUACUUGUAUUGAAAAGCGCUAUACAAAUAAAGUUUAUUAUUAUUAUUAAGUUGA